CCUAGUGAUAUUUUUGUAAUAGUAAAAGAUUACCUAUUACCUAGCGUUUGCUCUUAGAAAAUAAUGGCAUAUAUUGCUACCUGCCAGAGCAAUCCCUUUCUAUAACAAUUUCCGUGUUCAACCAUAUAAAAUGUUAUGAUUUCUUCAAUAAAUCAACACUAUUCUAUUGGAACCAAACAGCAAAGUCUAAACACCAGCGGAAAAUAUGGCUACUAAAAUCGCCGUUGUAAUUAUCAGCUUGGUUGCGGUGAUAUCGGCCGGGAAUCGCACUGAGAAAAGGAGUGUGGGUUGGGAACCGCCAGCGUGGCCUCCAGUGGGUUGGGUGCCGGCUGUACAAGGACAUGGAGGCUGGUCGUCGGAUACCAACUCGGACGUGGCCGGUGCGGUGGCGGCAGCAAAGGCAGCCACUGCAGCGGUGAUGGCGGCGCAGCAUGAAGUCGCUGCAGCGAAACAUGCAGCUUUAGAACAGCAAGGAAUCGCCAGUGCGAAAGAGGCCGCUGCUGCUCAUGCGGCACAUAAGAGCGAAGAAGCAGCAAGACAGGCUCGCGCGCACGCCCUGGAAGCAGCACAGGCAGCAGUGCAGUCGCAGGCGCAGCUGGCCGCAGCCAAGGCUCGUGCAGCUGUUGCGCAGAAGAUCGCAGCAGCGCGUGAGGCCGCUGCCGCCAAGGCUAUACAACGCGCCGCUCACAACCAAGCCGCGCGGUUGCAGAACGCUGACAUAGAGGCACUGAAAUUAUCAGUGAUCCAGAGCUCAGGAGCUGCUGGUGCCGCGGGCGCCGCACAGCACGCCGCAACGGCCGCCGCUGCCGCUCUCCGUCCUCAGGUUUACACACCUGAAGCCACUUGGCCCAAACCCUGGACAUCGGGAUGGACACCAUCCCCUAAUCCUUGGAAUUGGCCUUGAAAACCACAUUUGAUAUUUAGAAUGCUUCGUAAUCUACGUACAAUAUUUUUGGCUCUGACAACAAAGUUGGUUUAUAAUUAGGCUUACUACACGUAUGUGUAAUAUUGUUACCUAUACUUAUUUAGUUUUUUUUAUAACUUCAUCUAUUUGUAUAAUAGAUAAAAAGUAUAUUUGUAAUAUAGAAAAUAUAGGUACCCACGUUAUGUUUUUAUUAUGAAUAAAAUAUGAAGAAAUGCCUAAUUUGCUUUUUUUUUGGUGUUCGUAAGAUUCCUAAAAAUUGAUAAACAUUUAUCAGACGA